AUGGGUUACGACUGGCACAAACUGCUUAUUGACAAGAGCCAAGUAGCACUUCCGCAUGUUUUGAGGUGCGGACAGUCGUUUCGGUGGCGGUUUAUAAAUGGUGUGUGGAGUAUAGGGCUCAAAAACCGGGUUCUGAUGCUCAGGCAGGAGGAAAAGGCACUGUACUACACGAGCGUGGGCCCUGGCCAACCGGGACUCUCGGACGAACAAUUGAUCAAGGACUAUUUCAACCUCCACGUUGAUCUGGUGAAGCUUUAUGGCGAGUGGGCCAAGGACAAGAGGUUCCACGGCCACCUGGCGGGUAUCCGCAUUCUCCGACAAGAUCCCUGGGAGAAUCUCUGUUCAUUUAUUUGCAGCUCCAACAACAACAUCAAACGCAUUUCAAAAAUGGUGGAAAGCCUGUGUCGGGAGUUCGGACCGUAUAUUGCCACAGUAGACGGGCACGAGUACCACGACUUCCCGGCACCGGAGGCAUUGGCAGCAGAUAGUGUUGAAGAGAAACUUCGCAGUCUAGGAUUCGGAUACCGCGCCAAGUACAUUAACAUCACGGCAAAAAUGGUGUGUGAUAUGCCUGCUGGGCUCGACUAUCUGCAAGGGCUUCGUGACGAGACAUAUACGGACGCUCACACUGCCCUCUUGGCAUUUUCAGGAGUUGGCCCAAAAGUAGCCGACUGUGUAUGCUUAAUGAGUCUGGAUAAGCACAAUUGUGUGCCAGUAGACACGCAUGUUUGGCAAAUAGCCACUCGCGAUUACAGGCUGAGUGCCAAAAACAAUCCAAAAGGGCACCAGGCGAUUCAGCGGUACUUUCAGGAUCUCUGGGGAGAAUAUGCUGGAUGGGCCCAUUCUGUGCUAUUUGCUGCUGAUCUCAGUGAUUUAGAGAACGGCAUCAAUGUAAAAUCUGAGCCGCUAAUCGAGGUGAAAACUGAGUCUACUCUGGAGACCAAACUCGAGCCUUGA